AUGAAAAGUACUGACAACUUUGACAAACAUUCGCCGAAGUUUUGGAUGAUUAUAAUCAUGUAUGUACGCUUUGUCCCGUUAGAUAUUGAAGACGAUGAAUCGAUCAGUGAUCUUCUAUUACUCAUUGAUAACACAAUACAGCAUGGCGAGGAUUUAGAGGUGAAAGAUCGUUAUCCGGAAGAAGUGGAUGAUAACAAUACUAUUUACUAA